GCGCCGGUGCAAAAACAACAAGCCGAGCCUCCCCUCUCGUUUUUCUUCUGUCUCCAUGAUCCCCCAUCACAGGAGCCCCUCAUUCCCGUCGCGAUCUUUGCAUCCUCUGCGGUCCAUCAUGCACUCUUCAACGUAAGCGCUGACAGGUGACAAGAUGUUGACGUCUGACGCGUUUCAUCGCCUCCUCCUGGCCGGAGUCUGCAUGUGCGUGUGUGGAAAUGCGGUUCAGGAGAUCGAAAAGGGGGCCGCGGCCUCGCUCGGACGGAGACCCCGGAGGAUGCUGGUGCAGAACCGGGAGAGUCCUGAUGCUGAGCCCAAAAGGUUCUGGAGGACUCCGAGAGACACGAUGGAUGACAUUGGCACCGGGCUGAGUGAAGACGCGACGUGGUCUUCCUCCCCCGGGGUUUUAAAUCCAUCCAGUGGUGGCAUCCCCACGCCGGUCUCUCGCCAGUCUCGGACGUCCACAGUGUGGGAACGAGAGGACCCCGUCGUGCCCACGCCGCCCGAACCCUUUUUACCCGACAUGGGGGUUGAUAGCAUGCCCAAAGAGGACAGCGUGGAGAGCCUGUGGACGGAGGCCCCGGGGCCCAGCGGAGCAAACACGGCGGCGCCGCCUUCCCCGGACGACAGCACGGAGGGAACCAUGUCGUCCGAGUCGCUGCCUCUCAUUUUUGAGCCUCUGGAAGAAUCGGCGGUUCAGUCGCCGUUCGCCACAGAGACGGACGGGCCUCCGCCGGACCUCGAGCACCCGGAUGCCAGCAGAGAGUCAGGUUUUGGCACCGCGCAGACGUCUGGAUUCAAAAACACACCACAGGCACCUGCGGAUGAAAUCCAGUGGGGUCCGGAGGAGAAGGACUUCGAAGACGAUCCGGACCGGGACGAGAAUUCCGAGGAGUCGCCGGAGGACGAGGAGAGUGACGAGGAUACCACGGAGACGUCUCGGACCGAGCCACCGUACAGUUUCGUCCCGCCGCCUCCCGUCUGGGUGCAACGCAACCAAGGCCUGAUGCGCAGCUGGGUGGCGCUGAUCCGAGAAAAGGUGAGCCGAACGGCCGCCCCUGACCGGCCUUGUCCUCGACUCGGUGUCUCUCUUUUUGCGACCCGUUUGCCGCCUUUCCCCGCGGUGCAGGCGGGCUACGUCUCGGGCAUGUUGGCCCCGGUGGGCGUCGGCAUGGCCGGGGCGCUGCUGCUCGUGGGCGCCCUCUACAGCGUGAGGAGGAUCCAGCGCAGGAGGAGCGACGGCUUCAAACGCCAGCGGAGGAAGGUCCGACCCGCAGAGGUCAGUGUGCAAAACUUUACCUUUACCUCCGCCAAAGAUGGUGAUGGUAACGGUUGUGUUUGCUCGCGCGAUCAUGCAAAAAUAAUAAUAAUAAUUUGUCCAAUUCCAAUAAGUAGUUAUAAAUGUCAUAAAAAGCUUGAAAAUAAAAUUUAGCGCUCUAAGUGUCGGAAAUGAGGUGCAAAUGUCCCACUAAAAUUAAUUUAGAGGGAUUUGUAUAUUUUUGUAAAAAAAUUUUUAGAUGGGUCAACAAGUUUACAACAAUUUACCACCCCCUAGAGGACUGGAGUGAGUAUUGCAUGCAAUUUAUAGAAUUGUCAUUAAUUGGGAAACAAAAACAAAAAAACAAUUGGAAUGUAAAUCGUGAAAAAUACAUCUUACACCGAUUAAUUACAUCCCACCGCAGUGUACAAACAGCUGAUCCUUUCUUUGCUCGUGUGCCCAAAAUUUUAAUUUUUUUUCUUUGGCGGAGGUCACGGUGAACCCCCUAUGAAUUGUGUUACCCAUAGCAACCGGGUGAGACGUGCGUCGGCCGGCAGGAUCAGGCCAUGCUGCUGGCGGACAGCUCCGAAGACGAGUUCUGAUCCAAAAAGACUGAACCAAUUAAUGUCGCCAUGACAACCACAUCGGUUUUACCAUCACGUCACAGAGCUCUACACUGCCGGGGAACUUGGGAAUUUCAAAAUAGCUCUUUGAUGCAAUUAUGACAGGAAAAAAAUAGAAUGCGUUACAAAAGGUAAAGACUUGGAAAUGUAUUAAUGUAAAUAGAAAUUUAUGUAUCAAACAUAUUUUAAGGAAAAGGGAUGAGAAGCUGAGUGAGCAAAAUGGGACGCUAAUGUCUGAAUAUUAGCUUGACCACACAGCUAGCCUGGCUGUGUCUAAAUACAGAAAAAUAACUUCAUUGAGAACAUUGAUGAGGAUAUGAAGUCGUUUUUUGGGGGGGGUAAAACAUUCAAGACCACCACGAGUUGGUAGCUGAACAGAACCAAUUUAUCCGUCUUACACUUUUACGUAAGGCUAGCUAAAAUGCUAACAGGACUAGCUUCCUUCAAAGCGAGUCGCCGAUGUGAAGAAAAAGAAGUUUCAUUUGUCGACUAAUGUAUAAAAACGAAAAAACAAGUGUUAAGAAAUAGAUUUUAAGGCAAACAGUGCAACAUUGACUGAACAAACCAAACCAAAUCGUUGAGUUUAUGACGUUCCCAAAACUCGACUAGUUUUGAAUACUUUUGUUACUAGGCUCGCUAUGAUGCUAACAAGGCUAAGGACAAAGUAGUUUUUUUUGUGUUAACAGAAGCGUUUUGUACACGUCAUCUACAUCCUUGUGUGGAUCGUAAAUGUGACUGUUUUGUUAGCGUCGAACAAACGUAGCAUAAAAACAAAAGCAACUGUCUCUUUGGUGUUUGUUUGUUUUUUUAAGAAAAGAACAAAUUACUUUGUAAUUUAAAAAAGUAAAUUCCAUCUUUUACUCAGUUGGGAGCCAUUUUGUUUACACUUGCAAUACUAGUUAUUAGGUCAUCAUUAUUAGGUAACUACCCAUCGAUAAUCUAAUGAGAUGGAGUUCUUGAUCACAUUUUUUUGGGGGGGGGGGGGGGGAUUAUUCUCAUUAGACUUAAUUUAGAUUUUUUGUAUGUUCAAUGUUGAAGUGCAGGUGUUAAUGCAAUAAAACUUUUUUGCCUUUUGC